AUGCUGACCUUUUCUUCAGUGGGCGAAUCGAAACGCGCGGAAACAGCGGUGGAGAUUUUGAAUCUCAUACCUGGAAGCAUCUAUCAUAUCUGCGUCCUUUCCGUCAGUGCGGCAAAUUUUCAAACACCUAGUGCGAUCAUCCACGUCCGAACCAAAUCUCUUCCAUUAUCCCAAUCGCAGCAAGAUGCUAGCUCCAGCGGUCCUACAAUCCGAGCGUCAAUCCCUCGCUCUACAGCUGGUCUGCCUGCUCCAUCUGCUCAAUUGAUGUCACGCGAGCCUAGCACUGGUCAAAUACCGGGAAAGCGACCUUCGGCAGGCCGCAAAUCAUCCCCGGCAACUGGGGCUACGGAUUAUUAUGACGAGCCACUCAGGGGAGUUCCCAAAAAUUACAGUGGUAGAGGUCUGGACCAACUUGCAGAACGCCUUAAAUUUUUGCAGCACGAAAACGACAAUAUUGAGAAGCAAGCCACUGAAGACGAUGAGGAACAUAUUGCCCUGUUGAAGGAUCUUGAGAAGCAACGCAACGAAUUAAAAAAGCGAGUCAAGGAAAAGGACGAAGUUAGUGGAGAUCUGAAAAAGCAUGUCUCCAAGUUAGAGAGCGUCAACCGGACCGUGCAGAGCGAAAAAACGAAACGCAUGAGGCUUCUUCAGCAAAAGGAGGCUGAACGCAAAAAGCGGAAAACUGAUAUUAUACGGUGGCAGGAGAAAAUUUCUCGCAUGAAUGGUGAUAUCGAGCAUGUUAAGGAUGAGAAGACUCGGCUGGAAGAGGAAGGCCAGACACGCGAGGAUGAAGUCCGACAGAAGAUUGCGAAGGAACAAACAGAGAUGAAGAGCAUUGACGACGAAAUCCAAGACAAGGGAAGAAGGAUUAAGAAACUUGAAGAAGAGAGACAAGGGCUUCAGGGUAGUGAUAUUGAGGAUGGCAAGGAAUUGGAUCGAAUCGACAAUGAGCGGGCCCGACAAUGGGAGCUGAAGUUGACCAGUCUCCAUACUCGCUAUGCUACUCUCGUCAAUAUUCACGCACAAGCCCAGCAACAAUAUCAAGAAGCCCAGGAACGACUCAAGUGGCUGACCACGCAGCGACCUGGUAGCUCCGGUCCAUUCUCUCUUCCAGCGUUAGACCUAGACAUGUCGAAUAUCGCGACCAUACGUCCGCGUGGACAUCGCAGCUCAUUGACUAGCAAUGUUUCUUCCUCCAUCAACUUCCCCGGUGUCGAACCCAGCUUCACCGGACUCAACUACAACCCACCCUCGACCAAUUCUCCCACAUUCCCUGCUAGCACCGCGUUCUUCAAUAUUAACAAUGGCAUGGCAUUCCCUGGACUUUCUGACCCGCCUGAGUUCAUGCGCUCUGACGUUGAGGCCGCUUUCAGUAACCCUCAAAUGAGCCCUCGUGCCGAUGCCUUGUUGCCCUCGGACCUUCUUGGUGACGAAGAGUCCCUUGAAUUCCCACGGCCUGUGACUCUUCCACUGUUUGACACUAUGGAGACCUCAGAUAUUCCCUUUGAUGGCUUUGGCCAUGGUCCGGUAUCGCCGGUGUCUUCUGGGAGCAGACCUGGUAGUAUUUUUGCCAGUCCGCUGGACAAUCAUGAACGACCAAACUCAGAGUCGCAGGUGCCUUUGUCUGCUACUGAAGAUGCGCCAAAAAGUGCAAGUCGGAGGCUUUCGGGGAUUUUUGGAUUUCAUCGACCUCGUGGUAAGACGCUAGCCGACGAAUCGCCUAUGUUGGGUACCUUGAAAUCAGGACAGAGCCAGUCUUUCCCUCGUCAUAUUGAUGAGCUGGAUCCAAUAGGAUCAAGACAACGCAGACUGAGCUACACGGGAAACUGGGCGAAACCGAUGUCGUUGUUUCCCCGAAGCAAUACCGGCGGCCCUACAGACACUUCUUCCGAACAAGCACCUUCUCGGCGGACUGCUUUCUCCAAUAUCUUCUCGCCCAGCAAGUUUGGGUUUGGCAGUGGUGGUGGCCGUUCAAAUACCGACCUGGGCUCAGGAUACAAUCAGUUUAGUCCCCGACACGAUCCCAUCGACCCGUCAUCUCUCCUUGGUCCCGUCCGCCGAGGCUCUAUUUCCCCGCGGCCCUCUUCCACCUUGUCAUUUGACAACCAAAAUCACCUCCCCCAUCCCUCGACGGACAAUCGACAUUUCGGGUGGCCAUCGACAGACCAGAUGGGACACCGUAACAGCCCACUCGGGGUGGAUUGGGCCUCUCCAACGACAUGGUCCAGGGCGCCCUCCCGUCGACCCUCGAUUCAAUACGGUUCAUCCGGUAAUCUCCCGCUAGGGCUGACUGGCGAGCCUGACUUUGUCGAGGACUUAUACGAACGUCCUCAUCGGCCACUUCAAGCACCUAUUGGCACCCGUCCUUCGUCAUCCCACAGACCCAUGACCCCGAAGCUGAACCCUGCCGCUCCAUCAUUCAUGGCCAUCUUUUCCGGUAAGAAACCAGAAAACGAGGGAAACGAGCAAGAUCCUGAUGUUCUAUUUGAUCCUUAUGAACACGGAUCUCCUUCAGAGCAUCGUGAUACCCGUUCUCUCUCCCAUUUUACUAGUGAAUCGUACGAAUCUCUAGAGCGCAUGCCAUCGGGCGCAUCUAUGGAUAAUGCAUCCAAGGAAUCGUUUAUUCGCAAGAUCACCCGCAAAGGUAGCUCUAGCAAAUUCAGUUCCUGGAAGGAUCGCUCAGGUUUCUUCUCCAAGAAGGGCGACUCUUCACAUUCUCAAGGCGAUAUCGACGAGGAUACCUCCAGUGAGACCCAUUUGGGAAAGAGCAUUGAUAGUACCAUCUCGAGUGCGCCCUCUGCAGAUCGGUCAACCCGCAGCAGUCUAGGAUUUUUCUCUCGCAAGUCGCGGAAAUCAGACAAGGCAAGUGAGACCAGUGAACUCGCCAGUGAGACUGGAGAUGAGGAGAUUCUUGAAGGUCCAGAGGCUACUUCGCCUUGA